AGCCCAAAAUGAUGAUUGCAUCGAGGGUUGCUAUGUUUUUUGUGAUGUUUGCUUUUAUGAUGAGCUGUACUCUGGGAAAUGGAAGCGAUACAACUGAUGCAGUUGAUGAGGUGGCGGUUCGGUUGUUGCAGCAACAACUUGACCAGUUACAGGUGAUAGUUGAUGAACUAGAAGCCAGCAUUACAAGUGACUUGGAAAUCUGUUCGUGCAAUGAGACGAUGAAAAACUUGACCGAUACCAUCAAGUUACUGAGGGAGAGGGAAGCGAAUAACUCGCGAAACGGUUCAGACGAUUCAUCUUCACCUUUUGCUUAUUAUAAUCAACCCGUGGCGAAAUAUGAAGAUUGCAGGCAAAUAUACGUGGAUGGUAACACAGAGAGCGGAAUGUACAAAAUCUGGUUGGUCGAUCGCUUCGAGUCGAUUCCGAUAUGGUGCGAUAUGGAUGUUGGUUCUGAACGUGGUUGGAUGACAAUACAAAGACGAAUCGACGGUCGCGCCAGCUUUGAACGGCCGUGGAAAGACUACGUUAGUGGAUUCGGUAGCCCAGUGGCCGAGUACUGGAUUGGCUUAAAGAACAUAUACACUCUUGCAUUAAAUGUUCGUUCUUCUCGAGGUGGACAAGCGAGGCUUCGCAUCGAUUUAGAAGACACAAGUGGGGUGAAGGCUUACGCGCGGUACGAACGGUUCAGUGUGGGUACCGAGGCGGACGGGUAUAGAUUGUCAGUGUCGGGCUACAGCGGAACAGCAGGCGACUUGCUUGCAGUUUCGAACAAUCAGACCUUCCACACAAACGAUAAAGACAACGCUAAAUCGUGCGCGGGGUUCAAGAGGGCUGGGUGGUGGUACAAGAACUGCGCGGUUGCAGCGCUUAACGGCCCGUACCCGACAGUUGGCAGGCCCCAUAACGGCGCUUACAAAAUGCAAUGGAAAAACUGGACAGCAGUUAACCCAGCUAACCCAGACCUGCGAUUUGUAUCAAUGAAGCUUCAAAGAUAUAUAUAAAAGUAAUAACAAUGUAUCAGAUCUUAAAAGCCAUGCAGUCAAUGCUACAUCGACCUUAUAUUGUCAUAUUAUAUCAACUACAAAACCACUUUGCUGUAAAAGAGUUUUUGCAUUUCACAAUACAAUAAACAACAUAGCAUAAGUUGAUUUAGUCAAUAAAACUAAUAUC